AUGGACCCUGCAAAUCCUCAUCCACAGUUUUCUGACAUGUACUCUGAAGUUGUUGUCAGCUCAAGUGCAGAUGUUCAGGCUCCUGCUAAGAAAGAGUCUUCAGGGGCUAAAAACGGGGUGAAUGUGGUGGGGCAAGCGAGAUUCAACCCAUCCCCAUCCCGGAGGAGACAUCGCACAACUUUCAGCCAUGAACAGCUGGAGCAGCUGGAGAUUGCCUAUAGACACAACCACUAUCCUGACAUCUACUGCAGAGAGGAACUGGCCCAGCAAACCAAACUCAAUGAGGCCCGCAUCCAGGUUUGGUUCCAGAAUCGCCGUGCCAAGCAGCGGAAGCAGGAGCGGGCCUAUCAGAAAGUGCUGCCAGCAGUUGUGAUGCCAGGGCACAGGAUCCUCCCAAGCAGUGUACGCUCUGGCAUGGCACGACAGUACCAGUGCUCUCACUCUCUGCCUUACAUGACUAAAUUUACCUCAGUGCUGCCCUCUGCUGAUUACUCCCCCAACACCCACACUGUUGCUGGCACUCAGCUGCUUUGCUCUUCGCCUCCCGAUGCAGACCAGCCUGGCAGGCAGAACGAGGACUGGUAUUGCCAGCUGCGCCACAUUGGCACACCGGCCGCUAGCCUCCCCCAUGCUUCAGUGUUUUCUCUGGCUUCUGUGCCAGCACUGGAGCCAGCUGGGCACUGGAACUAAAGUCGGCUAAAAGUGAGGUCCGAAGAGUCUUGGCCAAUAUGCUUUUUUAGUUUAUUUGGGUUAAAUGACCUUUUUGGUCGUAAUUCCCUUUUGGAAAGCAAACAAAUGGUUUAACUGAAAUGUCUGAAUGUUUCUGAGGGGUGGUGUUCUUUCUAAGGUGGCAGAAGUACACAGAAAUAAUUCAUCCCAAAAUACAGCUUAUGUUUUAUUUUAAUCAAAUUAAAAUUAAAAUUCAAGUGUUCAUUAAGAAGUCAUUUGAUAGGGUUUUUGGAAAAAAAGCUUUGUACACUAUUUUACCAAAAGUAUAUGGACACCUGCCAAGAACCUUGUACCACUGCCCACAGCUGCACUCCAACACUUCUUGUACAGUUCACAGCCAGCUUCUUCUGUAGGAUCAUCGGCAAGCCCAUGGCCUGCUUUGAUAUCAGUUUAAAUUUUUAGCAAACAUUUGGUAACACGGUCACUUAAAAUACAAAUGUGAAGACAUGAUAAUGAAUUGUAUUCAGCAUGGAAGAUCACAUGUUGCAUUAGCACAUGUCUAAACGUGAUUAUUGGGUUAGACAUCACCAGUGCAUGACACAAUCUCUGUCAGCAAUACUUCACAUAACAACUCUUACCCUGGACUCAUUAGUUGACAAAUGAGAAAUGGGUAAAUGUGGGCGCAAAAUGAAGGGCAUGUCUUUAUAUGCCUCCAAACUUUUAGUCCUUAGCUUUCCUUAGAUCAUGGCAUAUUGUUCCCAAGGUCUAGGGUUUGUGACUUGUUUUAGUUUCUGUUUGUACUGAGUUUUGUAGGUUCUACCCAUGUCUACAUGGGAUUAAACCUCACCAAAACAGCCAAAAGGUGAUCAAGCUGCAUUAAAUCACUACUAGAUGUGAAUGUUUGAGUGUUGUCUGGCCAUAGAUUACCACUCUACACAAGGUUCCUAACUCAUAUGUGGGAUUUCCCAGUGCGACCCUGAACAGGAUGAAGCACCAAGUGAAAAUGAAUGAAUAACUUUCUUAAAUAAAUUACAUUUUAAAUAAGUUGUUUUAUUUCUUUUGUGUAAUAUGUUUUGUUUAUCGAUCUAAAAGUUAAUACAUAUAAAUCAGUAAUGUAUUUAGAAAGGGGACAGUUGUUUUUUACA